AUGCUGUCAAGGAGGUACCCCCAUUUAACAUGCCUGUCACAUUUCCUAUUUUACAAAAUUUCAGGAAUAAAUAUGAUGACUUUUUUUAAAGAGUUUAACGAGAGGACGAAAAACAUUUCGAAGAAUGUGCCGAUUCAAGUGACUCUGGAACCACUGAAUGACAGGACGUACCGAUUUUACCUGAGAACCCCAACGGUCGUCUGGUUUAUCCGACGAUGCGCCAGAGUUCCUAUGUUCAGUCCCACGGCGAAGCACCACACUGUCGGAUCGAUUACGCUAGCGGAGGUUUUCCACAUUGCCAAGUGCAAGCGGAUGGACCCCCCAUUGAUAAAUAUGACCCUCAAAAGUAUCUGCAAGUAUAUUAUCGGCACGUGCAACAGCAUGGGCAUAAAGGUGCGCAGAGAACUGGACGACGAAGGGAAGAAGAAGUACUUCGUAGAUGUUAACCAACUGGACAGUAUAAAAAAGGAAAUAAGGACACGGAACAAGCAUCAGAAGAGGUCCAAAAAGUGA